CCUCAUCGCACUAGACAUUGUUCAUCUCGACUUUUCUCUUGUAUCCAUCUCGUCGACUGUAGCCUCGAUACGACCCCCUCCACCCUUCGCUCCCCGCCAUGCUCCUCACCAAGUCUGCCGUCCGGGCCGUCACCGGGCCUCUCCGCCCUCUCGGGGCCCUCCGGAACUAUGCCCGCCCAAGUGGUCUGGCGGAGAUCACCAAGCCGCGCCCCGACGACGUGGUGAUCACGUUCGCAAAACGCACCCCCCUCACCCGCGCGAAGAAGGGCCUCCUCGCGCACACGUCCUCCGACGCGCUGAUCUACAAGCUCUUCAAGUCUGGCCUGGCUGACUCUGGCGUCGACCCCAAGCUCGUCGAGGACAUCAUUGUCGGAACAUGCCACCCCCCCUCGCCUGCAUACGAGGUGCGCGCCGCCUCCCUCGCCGCCGGAUUCCCCGAGACCACGCCUGCACAGGCGAUCAACCGCCUCUGCGGCUCGGGGCUGAUGGCUAUCCGGCAUAUCUCGGACAGCAUCCGCGUUGGCGAUAUUGACGUCGGCGUCGCAGCCGGGUACGAGAGCAUGAGUAGCCACGCCCGCCCCACGCCCGUGUUCAAGGAGGAGGCCAUCCUCGCCUCCCCACCCGCGGUGGACUGCGCCAAGCCCAUGGGCUGGACAUCGGAGAUGCUCGCUCUCGAGUUCGACGUCUCGCGCGCCAAGCAGGACAAGUACGGCCUCCUGUCGCACCACCGCGCGAGCGCCGCGCAGAAGGCAGGCAAGUUUGAUGCCGAGAUCAUCCCCGUGUCCACCACUGUGCCGUCCGACCCCGAGGACCCCGCGAGCGCGCCCAAGAGCGUGACGGUGACGCAGGACGACGGGAUGCGGCACGGCCUCACGGCCGAGAAGAUGGCCUCGGCCAAGCCUGCGUUCAAGGGCAUGGGCGACGAGCGGAGCACCGGGCCCAACUCGUCGCAGGUGACUGAUGGCGCGGCCAUGGUGGUCAUGAUGCGCCGCAAGAAGGCCGAGGAGCUCGGGCUGCCCGUGCUCGCGACGCACAUUGCCACGUCGGUGGUGGGCGUCACGCCCAAGAUCAUGGGUGUUGGGCCCGUCUACGCCAUCCCUGCGGUACUCGAACGCGCAGGCCUCACUACCGCCGACGUCGACCUGUACGAGAUCAACGAGGCCUUCGGGUCCAUGUACGCCUACUGUGUCGAAAAGCUCGGCCUCGACAUCAACAAGGUCAACGUGAACGGCGGUGCCAUUGCCCUCGGCCACCCGCUCGGAGCUACCGGCGUGCGCCAGGUCGUCACCGGCGUCAACGAGCUGCGACGUGAAGGAGCACACGACGGCAAGAAGAUUCUCUGCACGAGCAUGUGUAUUGGUUCCGGAAUGGGCGCGGCGGGCAUCUUCACUGUUUAGUGGGCUAGGUUAGGUUGCAUGUAGGCAUAUUGGCUGUGUGCUUCUUGGAGGUGCGGUGGG